CCCUUUCCUGCCCGCGUGUGGGCCUCUGGCAGGUGGACCCUAGGUGCGUGUGUCCUAUCUGCUGGCUUGUUCUUGCCAGGUCCCGGCGGGUGUGUGGUUCCCCUUGCGCCCCCGCUCUCUCGGCCAUGGGGGUCUCCAAGAGGAAGGCCCCGAGCGGCCAGGGCAACUCGGCUUCCCCCACGGGCGCAGCCAAACGGUCCCGCACUGAGGAGCUCACGGGCGUGCGGUUCAAGGCUCAGCUGAGGGACCCGCAGGGCUCGGGGCCAGCCUUGGAAGCAUUUGUCUCUGCUGCCAAGAAUCUACCAAGAGAAGAUGUGUAUGAUGUUGUGGAAGGGUAUAUAAAGAUUUCUGUUGAGUGUGCAGAAAUUUUCCAGCUCCUGAGUGGAGAGAAGCGGCCUGAAAGUGAAAUGCUAUUAAUAUUUCAAGUUUUCGAGGCCAUAUUGUUGAGGACAGCCGGUGAUCUUUCACAUUUCCAUGUUGUGGGAACCAACAUUGUGAAAAAGCUACUGAACAACCACAUGAAGCUCAUUUGUGAGUCCCUGUAUGCCUCGGGUUACAGGGUGGCUCGAGCCUGCCUGAACCUGAUGGCCGCCAUGGUUACCCAGGGUCCUGAAGCUGCCAGGGAUGUCUGCAGCCAUUUUGAUUUGAAUAAAAAGACCUUGUACACCCUGGUGACCAAAAGGGAUUCAAAGGGAGUGCAUGACGUUCGGCUGGCCUACAUUCAAUUUGUCCUUUCCUUUUUAAUUGCUGGCGAUGACAGCACUAUAGUGCAGGUGUUGGAGGUGAAAGAAUUUAUCCCUUGCAUCUUUAGCUCAGGCAUAAAGGAAGAUAGGAUUUCUACCAUCAAUAUUUUGUUAUCUACCUUGAAAACAAAGGUAGUUCACAAUAAAAAUAUCACAAAAACCCAGAAGGUGCGUUUCUUUACCGGGCAGUUAUUGAACCACAUAGCAUCUCUCUACAGCUGGAAUGGGAUUGCUGAUGUGAACCCGGAAAACCCAGGAAACGUCCAGAUCCCUGCUGAAGAAGCAGGGAAAGCCAUGGUGAGGGAGCUCGUUCAUAACUUCCUGAUGGAUCUUUGCUGUUCACUCAAGCAUGGGAUUAAUUUUUACGAUGCGUCUUUCGGCACCUUCGGCAGAGGAGGAAACCUGACGCUCCUGCAUUUCUUGCUGGGUUUGAAGACUGCAGUGGAUGAUGAGCUGGUGGCUGAGCUGGUGGUGAGCAUCUUGAAAGUGUGCCCAGACUUACUGAACAAGUAUUUCAAGGAAGUCACAUUUUCCUUUCUCCCAAGAGUGAAGUCCACUUGGUUAAACAAUAUCAAACUACUAAACAAGAUCUAUGAGGCCCAGCCAGAGAUUUCCCGGGCAUUUCAGACCAGAGAGUUUAUACCCUUGCCUCGGCUCCUGGCGAUGGUGAUGGUGACCACUGUGCCCGUGGUGUGCAAUAAGAUCAUGUUCACCCAAGCAUUGAAUUUGGACAGCAAAUCAGUGAAACACACAGCUUUAUCCCUUACUUCCGUCAUUUUGAAGAGAGCAUUAAAAACUAUUGACCACUGCCUGAAUAAAGAGAUGUGGCAAGAAUCAGGCGUGUACACGGCCGUGCUGAUGGAAGAAUUUGUGCAGCUCUUCAGAGAAGCCCUGAGCAAGAUUUUGCCAGACCUGAACACUAUUGUGUGGGUCUGGCAGUCACUUAAAAAGCAAGAGACAAAACAGGAUGGCGAGAAAGGGAAGAAAAGGGGUGACAGGACUCCAGCUGCCUGCAAGACUCACCAGUGCGAUGAUGCAGAAACCAUUCUUUUGAAAGCCGUUCUGCUCCAGGUCAUAUGCCUCUACCAGAAGGUGGUCCCCCACGUGGUCACACAGUACAACUUUGACUUCAGCAAGCUCCUAAAAGGUGUCAUCUCUGAGCAGGGCCUUCGAGAGGAGGUACCUCCCAUUCUGCAGCACCACAUGCUGAAGGUGGCCCUGGAACUGCCUGCCAACAAAUUUUUGUGGUUGAAGGCACAGGAAGGCCCAGAUGCACAAAUCAUUGGAGGUGAACGAUCAGUAUUUUACUUACUGAUGAAAAUGUUCGUGACCAGUAGCCAUUUACAACUCAGGUCAUCAACCAAACUUCUGAUCAUAAAGAUUCUACAGGACACGGGGGUGUUCGAGCACACCUGGAAGGAGCUCGAGCUCUGGCUGGAGCACUUACAUAACACCGCAGAGGAGAGCAGAGAAAUAGUGAUUCAGUUUCUAGAACGCGUUUUAUUGACAUUGGUGGCGAAUCCCUAUUCAUACACAGACAAAGCAUCUGACUUUGUCCAAGAAGCCAGCACACUGCAGGCCACUGUGAUGAAGCUAGACGCUGAUGAUGUCAGCAUCCCCGUCUCCCACAUCGACGAUGUCCUCGACAUGGUGGAUGUCCUGGUAGAGGACAGCAAAGGCUUGGAUGAGGAAAUUGGGUUCUUGUUAAAUGAGGACAUGAUCCUGCUCACAUUCCCCUUCAGUGCUGUGGUCCCUGCAGCCCUGGAAGCCAGGAAUAAGUUGCUCCUUGGGACAGAAAAUGAAGCAGUGGAAAGCAUUGUGGCUUAUCUGACAGCGGUGCUGACUGACCUCCUCCACACUCAGAGGGACCCCCUGGCUCUGUGUCUUCUGCUCCAGGCUUAUGACAAGUUUGAGUCUCCAAGCCCACCUUGUUGCCAUCAGCUCUCCCAGUUUAACAGAUACUACAGCCUCUGGAUCCCGGAGCAAGCCCGAGAGGCCUGGCCAUUGCAGGUGUCCGACAGCCCAGAGCCCCCCACACCUCCCUCGGCCUCCUGCUUCAUGGCCCUGCUACAGAUGGCCUACGAGCGCCAGAAGCUGUGGGACCAGCAUGUCCAGGUGCAGCUGCGGGCCGCCCUCCUGCAGCUCCCCAUGCACCAGGCCCCACGCGCGGUCAAGCAGGUGCUGCUCUACCUGAAGAGCGCCGUGGAGAGCUUUGACCAGCUGGGCAAAAGUGCAGGCCCCCCGCUUCUACAGCUCUACCUGGAUCUCCUCAAGCGCCUGGUCGUCCACUGUGAACAACUGGAUGCCCAGAACCAGCAGCGCUGUGAGGCUGCUAGGACAGAGUCUGACCUCUUCCUGGACAUGGAGGCUGUGGCCUCACUGCAACUGGCUAAUGACCAGACGCUGGAGGAGGUGCUUGUGACCACCCUCAGACAUCCCACGCUGGAGGGCUGGUUCCUGGCCCUGGAGCAGCAGGCUCUCCCCCCGCACACCCUCAGCCCCAUCCUUGUGAAACUCCUGGCAGCCCACUUUAGUGCAGGGGUCCUUCAGCUGCUAGCAGUGAGUGCCCCAAUCCUCCGGAACAUUGGUCAGCUGGGUCUCCUAGCUAGGUACUUAGAAGCCAUCACCCAAAGUGUGUUGAAAGAGCUGCGGACGAGGAGGGCGGGCCCGGCCACACUGCCACCCAAGAUUCUGCCACAGCUGGAGGCCCUGCAGGAGCUGCAUGCAUACAUGGAGAGUGUCCAGCUCCGCGAGAUCACGCUGGCACUGCUGAGCCUGCCUGAGGCUCACCUGGUGACCCAGCGACCCACAAAGCCCCCCGGGAAAGAGAGACGCCUAAACAUUCUUGGGAAGACCCUGGUGCAGCUGUUGACCAGCAGCCCCCAGGAUCAGCUGCAGAGUGGCGAGCUGCUCUGGUCCUCCGAGUAUGUGAGAGGCCUGGGGGCUUUGCUCCCCAUGCUGGCUGUGGACGAGCUGGACACCGUGUUCCUCCACACACUGCAGAGACACCCUGUGCUGGCUCCUGUGGUCGGGGUCAGCCUGCUCGAGUACUGCCUGGCCCGGCGGACACAGGCGGCUCUCGGCAUUGCUGGCCUGCUCAUCCAGCAGAGCUGUCCCCACCUGUUGUGGUUUGAGUGCUGGUGCCAGCAGGCGGGCACGGGGCCUGGCCUGCGCGAGGACCUGGACAGCUUCCUCCCCCUCGUCCACGUGUACCUUCAGUGCAGGACUCAGGGCCAGUUCACCCGCCCAAUAGCAGUGUCCUCUGCUGUCAUUCCUGUCUUGAGGAAGUCCCUGUGGAGACAGCUACAGGGCAGGCUUUUCAGUGCUGAUGACCCUCCAGAGUCUGGACUGUAUCAGGAGAUCCUGGCCCAGCUGGUCCCAUUUGCGAGAGCCAAGGACCUCAGUGUCUUCAUGGACCGUCUGCCCAGCUUGCUUCAGGCUCCAAGUAAUCACAAGAGUUGGAUCAUGGCAGACUCUGUCUCUGUAGCCCUGGCAGGGUCUGCAGAAAAGCUGUGUGCCUGGAGAAGGACCCUUCUGCAGUCCUGUAUCAAGUGGCUGAUCAUGUCUUUCAGUGGUAGCCAGCCAGAUGAUGACAGUACUCGGGAUCAAGAGAAGCGAAUGCUGCUCAGAUUAGAUGAGCUAUUGCAUGCACUUAAUGAAGUUGAUCCUGGUGAUUGGCAGAAAUUUGUGAAGGCGGGACUCAAAUUUCGGUAUCAGGUCCACACAUUUUUAAAGACCCUCCAUGCUGCCAUACAGCUGCUGUAUCGCCCAGAAAGCUCUGUGCACACGAAGCUCAUGCAGCUCCCUGUGAUCCACAUGAUGCUCACCCAGCACUCUCUGUUUCUGCCAAGUCUCCUGAAGUCCGAAGAGGAGGAAGAGAACCUGGAUGGUCAAGUCAAAGAAGUGCUGGUGGACCUGAUGUCAACAGUGGUGAGGAUGUGCCCCUCUGUCUGUGAGAGCAGCCACUUUGCAGUGCUUCUUGGGGCCUAUGGUGCCACUCUCAGCAUCCUGGACCAGAAGAUUUUACUUCUCCUCCAGGCCUAUGAACAGAACAAGCUCAGCCUCAUCAACUUCCAGGUGCUGCUGUGGGGCCCAGCAGCCGUGGAGCAUCACAAGACGUGCCGGAGCCUGGGCAAGUCACUGUGGCAGCAGCCGAGCGUCGGGGAUGUCCUCCGCCUGCUGGAUCGAGACCAAAUGAUGCAGACCAUCCUGCACUUCCCCCAGAACCGGAGGCUGCUGCCCCUUGAGGAUGCACAGGAGCUGAUAUUUAAAGAUAAGAGUUCAAGGGUGGAUCUCAAGGGCCUGUACGAUCCCUGCUUUCUCCUUCAUCUCUUCAGUGAACUGACCAGGCCAGAAUUUGUGGUGGAUUGUCGAAAAUUUUUGGAUUCAAAUGCUCUAGGCCUAACUGUCGUGGCCCUCAGCAGCUAUGACCCCCAGAUGCGAGCCGCAGCUUACUACAUCCUGGCGGCCUACUACUCGCACCUGGAGGGAGCACGGUUCCGAGAGCAGUCCCAGCUACUUUACCUGUUGGAUGUAGUCCGGAAUGGGAUUCAAACUCAGAACAUGAGACUCACUUUUACCUUGGCUCUCUUCAUUGCCAAAGCAGCCCAGCAAAUUUUGAAACCAGAGGAGCACAUGUACUUGAAGAUCAACAAGUUCCUGCUGUCACACGAGUACUUGAAUAUGGACAAGGUGCCAGGCUUCUACCAGUUCUUCUAUAGCUCCGACUUUGAGCAAAAAACUGAACAGGAAUGGGUGUUUGGAAUCCUGCGACAGGGGAUUCGUGACAAGCACUGCUACGAGCUGCUUGCCAGGCGAAGGGUCUUCCACAUCAUCCUGUCCUUCUUCAACAGCCCGCUGUGUGACGAAGUGGUGCAGAAUUGGAUUCUGGAGAUUCUACAGAAUGUUGCCCAGGUUGCCAAAUCUGCCUAUGAAAUCAUACGGGACUAUAGCCUUUUAACCUGGAUUUUACACAUCCUUGAGAGCAAGUUUCUGGAGACUCAGCUGCUCUCUAACGUGAUUUCCUUGCUGCACACGCUGUGGGUGACCAACCUGGGAGACAAGGGGGUGGAGAGGGAGAGCCGGCCUCGUCACCAGCCCUGCCCUCGGGAGCCUCCCAAACUGCUGGCCCUGCACCUGGUCAACGAGUUCCUUUAUGUUCUCGUGGAGCUCCCGAAGCACCUGAGGCCCACCUUGGCCUCCGCCCAGCUAACCAACUUCUUCUGGACACUUGACUCUGUGCUGAAGUACCGGACCACCGUCAUUCAGGCCUUCAAGGACAUGAACCGAUUCACCGUGAACGAGACAGUGCUUUCCACCAAGGAUGUCCUUGUCCUCUUGCACAAGUGGAGCCUCAUCGAAAGGGACAUCAGGCUCCAAGAAGACCUGAGAGCAGCCGUUGAGAAGUGCCAAGUCAGGGAGCUGAUGAAAAUGCUCAAGGACAAGAAUAAGCCUGUCAUGCCAGCCCGAGCCAAGGGCCCCCGGGGCCGAAAGAGGCGGCCUGGAGAGGCAGAGGAGACAGCCGACCCUGAGCUGAAGGCGUCCAGCCUGGAGACGUGCAAGGGCCUCCUAAGUUCCAUAUUCACCCACUGGGGGCCAGAGAUCCCUGGCUCUGAACCUGCUCAGGACCCUGUGGAUGGGGCCAAUCUGGAGAGUGGGGCACCCAGCCCCAUGUCCGCCACCACCUCUCUGGUGGUCAGCUGGGUGCUGCGGUCAGUGGCCGAGCAACCUCUCGGCAGGGUAGAGGCUGCAGGGCUCCUUGGCUGGCUUAAGAGCCACAUUUUGCCACACUCGGUGGUUGUGGCUGACCUUCUUAGGGACAGUGCCGUGAGAAGUGCCAUAUUCAAGUUGUACAGCUGGUUCUGUGAUGCCGAGAGGCUAGCAGGGCCUGCACAAGAUGUGGCCUGCCUGUUUAACACAGUCAUGCUACAGCUGAUGGUGGCCCAGGGCAUAGAAAGGAGCCCCUUGCACCUGGCUGUAGAGGCCCUCUGCCGCUCCUCCCUGGAAGAGAAGGAUGGAGCUGCGCAAGCAUCUGCAGCAUUCCUGGUGUCUCUGUACAUUAAGGACAUCUGGCUGGGGGCCCAGCGGCCAGACACCCUUCUAACCCACGUCCAAAUGAUCUGUGAUGCCGCGGAGGAUGCGCCAUGUGGUGAAGAAGAGGCCAUUGUUGUGCUCUGCAAGGAUGUCGCCACCUCAGCCUCAGGUGCCUAAUGCCCUGCCAGCUGGUGCCUUGAGCACCAGGUUCUAGAGGUUUGGUCGAGUCAAAGAUGUCCAGACAUGCGCAAUGACAUGUUCUGUACAUUGACUCAGUUCCCCAAUAAGAAAAGUUGUAAGGACUUUAUUUAACUGACCAGUAAAUAAUAAAUGCAAGAGACUCCAUGUACCAAGCCAUCAGUGCUGCAGGGAGCAUGGGGUGUGUCUGGGUCAUGAGGCCCAUCAGGUAGGUGUUCAGGUAGGCAAGACCCCUCUUCUCAGGGGUUCCAUCACUCUUCAAAGGAAAUACCUCAAGUUGAGGUGACACUUCUGAGUGCGUAAGGGAUUCAUGGAUAUUGAAGCUAAAAUGUCGGGCCAACCCCAUGGUGCACUCGGGAGAGUGCGGCGCUGGGAGCGCAGCAACGCUCCCGCCGUGGGUUCGGAUCCUAUAUAGGACUGGCCGGUGCGCUUGCUAGCUGAGCGUGGUGCGGGCGACACCAAGCCAAGGGUUGCGAUCCCCUUACCGGUCACGAAAAAGACAAAAAAAUAAAUAAAUAAAAUAAAAUGUCAAAAAAUAUUCCAGAUAUUUUUUGAUAAUCACAAAGAUAUUUAACAUUUUCUUUCUGUAAGAAGUCAUAACAGUUUUGCAUGACUUUUUGAAUAAAUU